CAAUGUUUUCUAUCAACUGGUGAAAUUGUGUUCCAUAUAUAAAUGACUCUAGUGACUACAGAGCAACGGAGCAAUUGAAUUACUGGUUCCAAACCCUGCCUGUAAUCUUUUUUGUUUCCAACUUUUUGCAAAAAUUGUUAAAGAGCUGGCACCCUUGCACAAGCCCAAACUGGCAACCCCGGCAACCGGCGUGCUCUGUACUCUGACUGAGAAGAAGAUGGUGGACCUGGUGACUGCAGUGUGCUUUAAACUUCGCCCCAAACUCUUUUACAAAUGCUCGCUGUGCCAACCCGGUGUUACUUAUAGAAUACCAGGUGACAAGCAUAGAUAAUACACCGAUGACAAACAGGAAAGUGAAUGGGUUUAUAGCCUGUGGAUAAGAUUACAUUCCCGUGUGGAAAUAAUGGACGGCUGGGGUCACUAGUCGAUUAGCCAACUCAUCACAACUAAGGAGUCAGUAGGAAUUUUGUCGUUUUUUAUUUGGAUUUGUCAUCGUGGGAACCAAGCCAGAUGGUUAAGGCCGCCUGUAGAACUGAGAGGAGCUUUUAGUCGGGACGAAUGUAAGUAAGCUAACGUUAGCCAAUUGAGCUAACACCGACCGGCAGACAGCGUUCAAGUGGCCGCUGGAAGCUGCUCGUCAUGCCGCGAAGUAAAAAAGGCAAACGUGGCUCCACAAAAGCCGGAUCGCUUCGCCAAGAGGUUCUUCAGCUGCAGUUAACGGCUAAAGCCUCACUGAAAGGUGCCAAAAAUGGAGUGAAGGUAGAAUCGGGAGCCAGUGACGAUGAGCUGAUGUCAGACGUACUCAGCCACUACAGCAGUGCAAGUGAAGGCACCUCUGUUCUAGAAGAGGGCACAGGAGGGGAGCAGGUGGACGAACAGACUGCUCAAGAAGAAAUAGAAGAUAAACUCAAACUGUGCAUUGACAACCUUACAGACAAAAGCGCAAAGACUCGACUCGGAGCCCUCGAGUCAUUGCGGCAGGCUUUCUCAUCCAAAGUGUUGUAUGAAUUCCUAACGGAGAGACGCUUCACGGUUAGCGAUUGCUUAGAGAGAAGCCUCAAAAAAGGCAACGCGGAGGAGCAAGCCAUGGCAGCGACAGUCUUUGCCCUUCUCUGCAUCCAGUUGGGUGGUGGAGAAGAGGCGGCAGAAGGCUUCAACAUGCUGCGGCCCAUCCUAACCAGCAUCCUCAUUGACAACACUGCAAGCAUGACAGCACGGCAGAGCUGUGCAAGAGCUUUGGGAAUGUGUUGCUAUGUCUCUGCUGCUGAUGAUGGCGAGGACUUGAUCAGGUCAUUGUCUCUUCUGGAGAGCGUGUUCAUGUCUUCCUACCCCAACAGACAGGGAAUGCUGCCAACACCCAAACCUGGCAUUUCAGGGCUUCAUUGCGCCACCAUGCAGGCCUGGUCCCUACUUGUCACCCUUUGUCCCCCAUCCAAACUCUCUGUGUUGCUACACCUUCAUCUGCCCAAGCUGCAAGCUUCUCUACAAAGUAGUGACGUCAACUACAGGAUCACUGUGGGAGAAACCAUUGCCUUGCUGGUGGAGCUAGGACGGGAAAUAGAUGAGGACUUUGAGGUGGAGGAUGGUGAAAGUCUGUGUGAAAGUCUGAAGAGUUUAGCAACUGACAGUCACAAACAUCGUGCCAAGAAUGACAGAAGGAAACAGCGCUCAAUCUUCAGAGAGGUUUUACACUACAUCGAGAACGAUGACUUUACGGAAGAGAAGAUCAGGUUUGGAGUGGAGAGUGUGUACAUUGAUAGCUGGAUGAGGCGAAGAAUCUACGACGCUUUCAAAGAGAUCCUGGAGUCUGGCGUCAGAUACCAUCUACAGUUCAACCCACUUCUGAGAGACAUCGUUGGUCUCGGCCCACCCAUCAUCAUUGAUGCGACCAACAAGGCAAACAAGAUCUCACGAUUUGAGAAACGUCUUUUCAACUCUGCUGCCUUCAAGGCCAGAACAAAGCAGAGGAACAAAGUCAGGGACAAACGGGCGGACGUCAUGUGAAGAGAAAGUGUGUUAAUGAACUUGACACCGAGCGACUGCCUUUAAGCUGCUUGAUGAAUUAAUAACUAUAUGGAUUCAAUGUUUUACCUGUGGAUGCAUCCUCCAUAAUCAAGGUUGCCUUUAUGGAAAAUAUAUAUUUUGUUUAAUUAUGAUAGUCACAUUUAAUUAUUUAUUGUUCAUGUUAACACUUAGUACUUCUCAUAUCAUUUUUAACUGGAACAUAAAAUAAGUGCCUCUAAAGAGAAAAACUGGAUUCCCAAAAAGUUGGCACUAUACAAAUUGUGAAUUUUUUAUUUCCAAUUUGUAUCGUGUCCCAACUUUUUUUUUUUUUCAAGAAGUAUAAUAAACGAAUAAUAAAAUACUAUAUGAAUCAUUUAUUAUAAAUAAAUACUAAGAAAAGAGAUGUUAAGUAUUCAUAGCAUUUGCUCACUAGUUUUGUCUAUGCAUCUAUGAUUUAUAUGCUAAACUAUUGUAAGAAUCUGUUGCCACAAGCUUGGCAUGGCUAGCUUUGAAAUGAGGGUGUAAUUUAAAAAUGUUGUUGGGGGGUUGGCACUGUGAAUAUUUUACUUGAUGUAUUUUGUUUCAUGGGAGGCAUUCUGAAGCAUUUUACACUGGGUCUAUGGUGGUUUUUAAAUAUUGAUUGGUGCUAGACAAUGUUGACCUGAGCUGUUUAGCAUUGUCCGCUGACAAAACCCACAGGGAUGCAGGUAAAUGUUGUCGAUAUGAAAUUAAUAUAAUUGCCAAACUACAAACAUUGCAACUUGAAAACGCGUGUGGUGUUGUUAUGCUUUGAAUUUCAAUCAACGCAGAUAAAACGGUGUAUGCCUAAUUGAAACCAAAUGAUUGUUACCUUUUGUACAAAAUGUUUUGAAAAGGGAAAAAACUAACCAUCUGGUUGUUGCUAUUUAUAUUUUAAAAUUUGUGUAAUUAUUAAACGGAAUGGUUUGGUAUACCAUUAGGAUCACAAAUGCAGGAUACAGUUUACAGCUUUGUGGAGGUGGCAGAUCAAUGACAUUGUUGCUGAUUUGCCUUUUUAUUGUAAGUUGGCGUUGCUUGAAUAAAGGAGUGUCUUGAGCGUUGACUUCAUAUUUACUUUCUCAAAACAUUAUUUAUAGCUUGAAUUAUAUGUUUGUGAGACUUUAGGUUUUCAGUCAUCUCAAAAUGAAACUCAUAUUAAAAGAAUACACAUGUUGAACAAUUUCAAGCCUUUGUUACUUGUAAUUAAAUAGGUUAUGGGCCCAGCCAAGUAU